AUCAUUUCUAAGUGAUCGAUAAAAUUGUGUGUAUCAAUAUGUUCGCUAAGAUCGUUACUCUUUGCGCUGUCGUAGCUGUAUCUUCAGCAGGACUGUUGCCAGCAGCUGUCCACUACUCACCAGCUGAAGCCGUCUCUUCCCAAAGCAUCGUUCGUCACGAUGAACCUCAAAUCUUAGCAAGCAAAGUCCUUGCUGCACCCGUCGCUAAGUACGCAGUCACUGCACCCGUUACCUACCAUGCUGCACCUGCACAAGUUGCAUACCACACCGCACCCGCUGCCUACGCCUAUCAAGCUGCCCCAGCACCUAUCGCCUACCAAGCUGCUCCCGCAGCUAAACUUGUCGCCCAUGAAGAAAUUGCCUACCCCAAAUACGAGUACUCUUACUCUGUAGCUGACGGACACACCGGUGACAACAAGCAACAGCAAGAGAUCCGCGACGGUGAUGUCGUUAAGGGUUCCUACUCUUUCCUUGAGGCUGACGGCUCCGUUAGAACUGUAGAGUACUCCGCUGACGACCACAAUGGUUUCAAUGCCGUAGUACACAACAGCGCACCCACCGCUGCCCCUGCUAUCAUCAAGGCUGCCCCCAUCGCAAUCAAGUCCCCCGUCUACGCCGCUCCUGCUCUCCAGUACUACCACCAUUAAGAAAAAAAUACCUUGUUUUAUAAUAACUGAUUGUUGACUGUUUAUUUAUUGUAAUAUACGACAAGUG